CACACGCUUUUGAAUGUCAACACUAAACAGUUACCUCUAAGACAGCUUCAAUCCCUGUCUUUGAGUCUGGCACUCUAAGAUGGUCCCGUUUUCGUGUAUCUGAACCAGUAAAGCCAUGGGCAACUACCAGAAAGGCUUCAGAAGAUGUGGACAGAUCUUGAGCAACAUCUGUGGUAACCUUCGGGUGUUCAUCUGUGUGGUGGCUGUUGGUCUGGGGGUCAUCAUAGGCCUGAUCUUGAAGACCUUUGAUGAUCUGCUCGAGGUGGAAAAGCUCUACAUCACCUUCCCAGUACAUAUGCUGAUGGGCAUGGUUAAGGUGGUAACCACCCCGAUCGUGGCAAGUGGUGUGAUAAUCGCAAUUUGCACCUUCAGGUCCCCCCCCUCCAAGAAAAUUGGCUUCCAGGCAGCAGUGUACUUCGUCUCAACAACUCUGAUAUCUGUGACCAUCGGACUGAUUUUAGGUGUCUUCUUCGAGCCGGGGAUUACUGAAGGUGUGAGUGAAAUAGAGCCUGAGGACGAGAGAGUGUUCCUCUCAUUCGAAACCAUCAAGACUUUGACCAGGAACCUCUUCCCAGAGAAUCUGAUCCAGUCCUGUGUCAAACACUAUGUAAGGGUAAAGCGGGAAGUUCCUGUAAUCGACGCAGUGUCUGGCUUGCCCACGAACAUGACUUACAUGAAGGAGGAGGGUCAUUACGUUCAAGGAGUGAACAUUCUCAGCAUCAUCACCUUUGCUAUUCUUUGUGGGCUGGCAUUCAACGAAAUGAAAGAAAGCUCAAGUCUCCUGGUGCAGAUGGUUUGCAUCAACAAUGAGUUGGCUGUAGUGUUACUCAACAUAAUCGGCAGUUUCCUGCCAUUGGGACUCCUGAUCAUGGCUGUAGUGUUCGUCGACGACCAUUAUGACUCGCAUUUAGUCCUUAACCUUGUGAAAUUUAUCGCUAUGGUUGCCACUGGGCUCUUUGUGCAUGGAGUCAUUGUCCUGCCGCUGCUCUAUCUUGUGUGUGCGAAAAGCAACCCCUUUACUGUCAUCUAUGGGGCCUUUCCUGCACUGUGGACCGCAUUUCGCUCGUCCUCCAGCAACGCCGCAAAGCCAGUCACUUUACACUGCUGCAAGAAUGAGAACAAGAUAGACCACAGGAUCACCAACUUCAUGUUGCCCAUUGCCACCGAACUCAACCUCAACGGAACCGCCCUCUAUCAGGCUCUGGCUGCAGUUUUCAUUGCUCAGCUGAACAACAUCGAUCUGGAUUUCAACCUGUUGUUCACCAUUGGGGCGACGGCAGCAGUGAGCAGCUUCAUAGCCAAGGGAAUCCCAACUUCUGGAGCCUUGAUGUCAUUCCUCAUCCUCUAUGCUGUGGGUCUGCCCAUGACCAAUGCCUGGAUCCUGGUGGCAGUAGAGUGGAAGCUAGAUCACUUCACCACACUCGUCAACGUGUUGGGAGACUGCAUCGGUGUCGCUCUUGUGAACAAACUGUAUCAAGACGAACUGAGAACAGAAGACGCUGAUCAGGACAGUCCAAGGACUGAAGACGAUGAAGCCACAGAUGUGUCCGUCUGAGACGUGUCAAACUGGAUUUUUUUCUUCGUUCAGUUUAUGGGUCAGACUGAAGUAUUAGAAGAUUUGGACUUUCAAUAAACUGAUGGUUGACCUAA